UUACCCUUUUCUAUUUUCCACUCGUACCAAACAUCCUCAAUCUUGACGAAAUAGCUGCCAUAGAUGUCUGCUUCUUGGUUAUUAUUUUUCACUCCUAUUUCAAAGCUUAAUCAUCACUUCUACCUUCGUAAUAAUUUCAAACAAAUGGUCACUACUAGCAGUUCAAAUCCUAAUAGAGGUGCAUUUACAACACUCAAAGAAAGAGUUAUUUUUGAAAAAGAAAUCAAGAAGAGCAAAUUUAUUGCAAUUGCUGGCCACAUUCCUGAUGAGCGUUCUGCUCAAUCUUUCCUUUCUGAGGUACGAGACCCUAGAGCUACACAUAAUUGUUGGGCUUACAAGGUUGGAGAACAAUAUCGGACUAAUGAUGACGGCGAACCUUCCGGUACUGCUGGCAAGCCGAUACAUUCUGCAAUUGCAUCCUCAGGAUUGGAUAGAAUCAUGGUUGUUGUGAUCAGGCACUUUGGAGGAAUUAAACUUGGCACUGGAGGUCUAGUUAGAGCUUAUGGAGGAGUAACUUCAGAAUGUUUGCGAAAUGCUCCUACAUUUCUCAUAAAAUCUAAAGUCCCGAUGGGCUUGGAGGUUACUUUUGAAUUAUUAGGAGUUCUAUACCAUCAGUUACAGUCUUUCCAAGCAGAAGAUAUCAAGCAGGAUUAUGAUACCGGGAAAGAUGGAGUCACCAUGGUUACAUUCAAAGUUGAUUUUGACCGUGUACAAGGUUUAGAAGAAGCUAUUAAGGCCAACUGCAGUCGUGACAUUGUAUUCUACAAACACUAGAAUUUUUCCAUAUUAGUUUGUCUGGUGGUUUUGGUUCCAUCUUGCUGGAACUUAUGGAGAUCUGAAGUAUCUUUUGCUCCAGAAGCAAGCUGCACGUCAAGAUGGUUAAUAACAUUUGCUCGUUCUUGAAAGGUUCAUGGCAUUGCUCUUGUUGACUCCAAAGUCUGAGCUAACUAUUUAGCAUGUAGACUAGCUUUACCUGAUCGAUGCACUCUAGCUGGAAGCAGAUUGUACUUUUCUGUCUCUUUUAUCUUCCUUCUGAGAUUGCGAGUCGCUAUAGGAGAGGUGGAUUAUCCCCAUUUGCUUUUAUGUUCAUACAACUUCCAGAAAGAUAUACUUGUACAGUCUCCCCAUACUUUUUGUUUCACUUUUCAAGAAUAACACUUGGAUGCUAGCCUUAGCUAGCUGUAAUGAUGCUGUGUAUACAAAUCCUUCGUUGCACAUUAUGAUAGGGGUCAUUCGUCAGUUUAAAAUUGCAUAGGCUUUGUGUGCUACUGUACACAGUGCUACCAUUUACUUAAGCAAAACAAAGAUAAAGAGAGGUGAUAUAUACUUUCUGCAACUUUUAGAAUGAAUAUUGUAAAAUUCCCAGUCACACAGCAACAGAGGAGUCCGUUUAAGUAGCUUCUUUUCUAAUUUAGCUGUCUUUUUCCUUUGUGUACAUUGGUAAACAGGACAAAUAAUGUCCUUUUUCUUUAGCACAUUUCCCCCCCGUUUUAUCCUUUAAAUGUAUCACUCUUUUCUUUCCUCUAUUAUUGAAGCAAGUUAUAGUAAAAGUUAGAGAAUUGGAACUAUAUAGCAGCAGUUUUUUCAAUUUGAUCUGUCAACUGAAAGUGUUGACAUCCAUUAAUGCCUAGCAACUACCAACGGUGAAAGGAAGUUAUGUCCGUUAACUAUUGUCAUAAUUUGUUUAUCAUGUAUAACCUCUGUGAUUAUCAUAUUUGAAUCUGAAUACAUGAUAUAAAAUCUAAAAGCAUGUGCAGUAUUCUGAGUUUCUUCUGAACUGAACAUGUUUUAACUGUAGUAGAUAAGAAGAAUUUUAUUUGCUGUGACAAUGUGAUAGGCAACAGCUCAUGUUUUCAGAAUUGACUAAUCUUUUCAUGUGCUCGAGCUCAUUGUAUCCAGUUGCAUCUGAGUUAUGUAUCAUUUCUUGUUGUGAGGUUUGAUUCAUCUGUAUGUUUAUCAAAUUUUGUAACAUAUUGUGCAUAAGCUAUGCAAACCCUGUAGUGUAGCAAUUCUUAUGAUGUUCAGAAAUUCUGAGGCCAUGUAAUUCAUCGAAGUAUUAGUUAUAUCUGGGACAAUUCCUUAGUAGAGUUCACAAAGCAAUAUGAUACCAAAGCCUUUAUCCUCAUUUGCUUGAUAGGUCUUAUUGCUAUGUUGUUCGGACUCUCCAAAAAUGCUACCGCACCCGUAUUGGGUCCUCCAAAAUACACUACUUUUAGAAGAUCCUACACGCACUAGUCGACAUUUUUGAAGAGUCCGAGCAACAUAGUCUUAUUGUAUUUGAUCUCCUUAUACCUUUACUUAGCAAAAAAAGGUCUUAUUGUAUUUGAUCUCCUUAUUCAGAGGUAUGAUCAACAUCUAGUCAACAGUUCCUGAUAAUUCAAUGGAGUUGGAGGGAUGUGCAUCACAUGUUUUCUUUUUUCAUCUGCAAUUUGGAGCUGGAGAAAUGCCAGUCUUCAGUGAGAGUUCAAGGUAAGAAUGUUAGGUGAUAUCAUCUUUGUUGGUAUUUUCUGCAAAAAAAAUUGAAUGCUCAUAACUGAUUGUCGAGAUUGUUGUUUGAUUCUGCCAUUGAUAUAUGUCUCACGAUGCCGAGCAAGUCAAUGCUAGUCCAUUGUUUGGUGAUUAUACUUUGUACUAGUGAUACUUCAUUAUAGGUAACGGUGUGGAAACAAAAUACAAUCAGGUUCUUGUUCAUCUGUGCAACUUUGAUUUGCGUGUCAUGUUUUGACUUUUGACGCAGAUUGUUAAAAGAGUUGAAAAACAUAAGUUGUUUAAUAUUUGUUUUUAUUGUUAAGUUGUUUAAUAGUUGUUGAGAAACUUAUUUGGUCAUAUUUAGACUUUUUUUUAUUGAAUAUUAAUAUACUAAGGAUUAAUCUAUGUUGAGUAAAAGUGGUUGCAGAAAAGUUUUGGGAUAAUCAAAAUGUAUUAAGACUUUCCAUAUAAUGAAACUGGAAAUUAUUGUGCAUAACCCUAUAAUAGGAGUAUAGGACUAAAAAUUUGGGACAGGGAGUAUAUCAGGAGGAUGACAUUGAUGGAAGUUCUGGUAUAGUUGAUAAGGUAAUUUCUAUCUGCCAUCAUACAUGUUGAAGUUCUAGAAUUAAACAUAUAAUAUGCUGCAAAUUUUGCAACAAUUGACAUUGGUCAUCUGGUCUCUAGGCGAUACAAUUACACCUUCUACCUCCCAAGGUGGGUAAGAUCUGCGUACACUCGACCCUUCCCCGACCCCACUUGUGGGAUUACACAGGGUAUGUCGUUGUUGUAGAUAGACACCUUAACUUGGGCUCAACUGGCAAGUAAACACCCCAACUUUGAAAAUCCACAUCUAGACGCGGCUAAAUUAAAGUUAUCUGCUGGAAAAGUGUGUUUACGGGUCCAACUUAAACCAAGUUGAGGUGUCUAGAUGUGCAUUCUCAAAGUUUGAGGUGUUUACUUGCUAGUUGGGGUAUUUACUUGCAGGUUGAGGCCAAGUUAAGGUGUCUAGAUGUGCAUUCUCAAAGUUUGGGGUGUUUACUUGCCAGUUGGGGUAUUUACUUGCAGGUUGAGGCCAAGUUAAGGUGUCUAUCGAAGUGUUAACUGACUAGCUAAUCUGAUCUGUUCUUACACUGACAUCAAGGAUGCCAACAUAUGGCAGGUGAAAUCUGUGAUUGAAGAACAUUUGCCAUGUUUCCUGUUUAAUAAUCUUGAUGCAGAAAGGUUGAAGUUCUGCUUCAGAGUUUUGAGAUAUAAUCACAUAGUAACUCCAGAGUUUGACUUUAGACAUAUGCUAGGGGUUCUUUUAACCUUAUUGAGGGCUAUCAUUUUCAACUUCAUCAGCCUAUAUGUAUCUGCAGG